AAAGAAAGGAGGGUGAUCGCCUGAGGCCCUGAAUCUGAUGGGUACGGUAGUAGGUAAAAAAAGACCAAGAGCAGCGUAUAAAUAAAAUACACGCCUCCUCUCCCUCGUUUGUGUCAAUCUCUCUCUCUCUCUCUCUCUCGAUCAGCAGCGUCAUGUCUUCCAUCUCGAAGCUUUGCUUUAGUCCAACCUCAACCAACUCCGUGAGCAGCAACAAACACCACCACCACCCCCAACUUCAGAAAUGCGCAAUCGCCGCCUCCUUCCCAAAACUCAUCAACUCCUCCUCCAGAUUAUCCCUCUCUCGCCCCCCUCGCUCCAAACCUUCUUUUAUAUGCUCUGAGCUUGCUGGAAGUGAAAGUCAUGUUAAGAGAACAGUUCUUCACGAUCUUUACGAGAAGCAAGGACAGAGUCCGUGGUAUGAUAACCUCUGUCGUCCUGUUACUGAUCUGCUUCCGCUCAUUGCAAAUGGUGUGAGGGGUGUUACCAGCAACCCAGCGAUUUUCCAGAAAGCUAUAUCAACUUCAAAUGCUUACAAUGACCAAUUCAGGGAACUUGUACAAGCAGGAAAAGAUAUCGAAAGUGCAUACUGGGAACUUGUUGUGAAGGACAUUCAAGAUGCUUGCAAGCUUUUUGAAUCAAUUUAUGAUCAGACAGAUGGUGGUGAUGGUUAUGUUUCUGUUGAAGUUUCCCCCCGGCUUGCUGAUGAUACUGAAGGGACUGUGGAAGCUGCCAAAUGGCUUCAUAAAGUCGUAGAUCGAUCCAAUGUCUAUAUAAAAAUCCCAGCCACAGCAGAGUGUGUACCUUCAAUUGAGAAAGUGAUUUCACUUGGCAUUAGUGUCAAUGUUACUCUCAUAUUCUCUAUUCCUAGAUAUGAAGCAGUCAUUGAUGCUUACCUAGAUGGCCUUGAGUCAUCGGGGCUGGAUGACUUGUCAAGAGUUACAAGUGUUGCUUCGUUCUUUGUUAGUCGUGUAGACACACUUGUCGACAAGAUGCUUGAGAAGAUUGGAACUCCAGAAGCUCUUGGUCUUCGAGGAAAGGCUGCAAAUGCUCAAGCAGCUCUAGCCUACCAGCUCUACCAAAAGAAAUUCUCUGGUCCUAGAUGGGAGGCUCUGGUUAAGAAAGGUGCUAAAAAGCAGAGAUUACUAUGGGCCUCAACCAGUGUCAAAAAUCCAGCCUAUCCCGACACACUCUAUGUUGCCCCUCUAAUUGGUCCUGAUACGGUUUCAACCAUGCCAGACCAAGCUCUGCAAGCGUUUCUUGACCAUGGUGCUGUUGCAAGGACAAUUGAUUCAAAUGUCUCUGAAGCAGAAGGUAUUUAUAGCGCCCUAGAAAAGUUGGGGAUUGACUGGAACUUUGUUGGUUCUCAGCUUGAACUUGAAGGAGUCGACUCUUUCAAGAAGAGCUUUGACAGUCUGCUUGAUAGUUUGCAAGAGAAGGCAAACUCUCUUAAACUAGUCAGCCUUUAAGAUUUCAUGAUUUCUUUUGGUGCAUACCGACUUAAUAAAAUCCAUAGGGGGGUUUGUAUCCUGCUGGAAAGAUGUUUUGCUUGUAUUUUGUAAUAGGAUGGUAAGAUAUGUGAUGGUUUUAUGGGGGUACUUUCAUGCCCUAAGAACAUGUCAGAAGUUUUUAUAUAUUAUGCAUAUCAGCACAAACUAUCUCAUGGCUUGUAAUUCAUUUGGUUCUCUUGA